UUCUUUUCUAUUUAAUUGAAAAUACCUACAGGAAUAUCUGUCAGUUGCUUUGUAAGAAAAUUGGAUUUUAAAAGGUAGGAUUACUGUGAAGAGCAAAGAAGAUUAAUAGGUAUGUGGCACUGGAGGAAAAUUAUGCAAGUUCAAGGAUAUUCUGUUAACAUUUAUAAAGCAUUGGACAGACCACAAACACUAUAUUUGAUACACUUCUUAUGCCGAGAUAAAGUUGGUAGAUGCACAGAAAUAGACACUUCCCAUCAGUUUCAGAAAUCUUUAGAACAGCAUUAGUUGAUGUCAAUCUUUAAUUAUUUUUCUAGCUUGUGCUUUUCAUUUAAACUUUAAAGCAGUUCUCUGAUAAAAUAGAGUUCAUCUGACAUAAUUAUGCAGAUUAGAAUGAUAAAAAAUAUUUUUAAAGGAAUCAGUUUUAAAAUAUAAAGUUUAAAAGGGCUGUUUGAUGUAGAACAGAUAAUAAGGAAAGCAAAAAUGUGUCACUUCAAUAGAACUUUGUUGUGUGUCAAAAUGACUAUAUCACAAUGUAAACUAAAUCUCAGGCUACUUUUUUUUUUUUUUUUUUCCUGAAGAAUAAUUGUUUCCCUUCACUCCUUGCACUUUGCACAAUCCUGACAAGUGUUGGGAGGGAGACCACCUUUCCUUUUUUUUUUUUUUUUUAACCUAGCUUCUUCCCCACUGUCCUGCUGUGUCUUUAUAGUUCAGAUUUUCGUGUAGACUUUUCAUCCCCUGAUUUUGUGUUCUGGAUAUAAAUAGGUGUUAUCUUCUUUGGUUAUGGGUACAUGAAUAUGAUUAACCAAAUACAUCUUCUUUAGUAUUGUAGUAGAAGGACAUGAGAGUCAUUUGGUCACAAAAUUCUCUGUGAAAGCAGUGGUUGCACCUCAUAUUCCAUGAAAAGCAUUCAAACAUUCACAAAAAGAUGUAAUAUUUCUCAGAGGUGUUUUGUCAAUUACUGUAACUUAUCCUUCAUUUGACUUUCACUUGUUUUCUCCCUUCACUUUUUUCCCCUUCUUAAGAACCGAGAGAGACAGAGAAAUAUUAUUUUCAUCUAUAUGAGGCAAUUAGUCUAGAGAUUCUAGUGAAGACUUUAUUUUGUUAAAGAUUGACAUGGCCCAACUUUGCAAGGGUAACCUGGCACUUUGUGUUAGCUGCCUUCCACAUAUUCACAGAAGGUUUUGCCAGGGGAGCGUACAAGCCAGGACACAUAGCUGGCUCUGCAUUUCCAACUCCUCCAACACAAAGGUCCAGGAUGGAUUUAUAGACUUCUUGGAGUUCAUAGCUGCAAUAAAUUUGGUUAUACGAGGGAAAAUUGAUCAAAAAUUGAAAUGGUAUUUCAAGCUAUAUGAUGCUGAUGGAAAUGGAUGUAUUGACAAAAAAGAACUACUAAGCAUAUUCGCGGCUAUCCAAGCUAUAAAUGGCUACACCAAUAUGACUGCUGAAGAGUUCACAAACAUGGUAUUUCAGAAGAUAGAUGUGAACAAUGAUGGGGAACUGACUUUGGAAGAGUUUAUCAACGGGGUGGAAAAAGAUGAGGAUCUAAUGGAACUGAUUUCGAAAAGUUUUGACCUUUCCAACGUACUCAAAGCCAUACAGAAUGGCAGGAGGAACAGCGUCUGAAGGAUCCAGUGAUGGAUGUGGCCUUUGUGUCAUCAUUUCAAGGAAGAUAAUAUUUGAUAUAUUCAGAGAGCUUGAUGUUGUUAAAUCCUGCCCGGGCAAUAGCGAGCAGCCUGCUCCAGGAGUAACAAUUUUCACUCUUCAUAUAUCUCCUUUUCUUUUCUUUAUUCUUUUCCUUGAUCAUGACUGUGGCAGCCACAGGAAAAAAAAAAAAAAAAAGCUUUGCCUGCCUAUAAUAGAAAAGGUACUUGAUGCACUAAAAGUAACUUACUUGGUCUCUCUGAGCAUGUUGUGGUGAAAUCCCAGCCAGCAACUAAGCAUCCCAACUCC